AUGACUGUUAAGCAGCUUCCGUUGAUUGUUCUACUGUUUAUCUCGUUGAAUAAUCUUGAUGUACUAUCUUUGUCAACAGUUACUUUCGAUGAAUUUUUUAACUACACGGCCUUUUCUUCCAUAACUCUUUCACCGAAAAUUGAUCAAUCGAUUCUUAUUCAGACGACACGUCAUGUUUGGGAAGAGAAUAUUAAUGAAGAACAUCUCUAUCUCUUCAAAUUACAAGAUAAUUCGAAAACAUUGAUAACAAAGCAAGCAAGUAGUUUUCAACCACGAUGGAAAGACAAUCUGAUUGCAUUAAUACUUGCUGAUAGUUCAACAAAACCAAACCAAACAAAUCAAUCGCAAUAUAUUCAUCUAUACUCACUUCGCACAAAUGAAAUGAUUCCGAUUUCGAUAGGUACAGAACAUGUUCAUACAUUUAUUUGGUCAACAACAUCAAUGAGUCUAUAUUUCGCUACUCGUACUCCUCAAUCGACAGAUGCUCGAUCAGCGCAUGAAAACGAAUGGAAAGAUGUGAUCGACUAUCGUGAGCAACAUCGAGGUGAUACAAUCUAUCGAGCUGAUAUUGAAAACAUGACCAUCGUGAAAAUCGAGCCUUUAGUGAACAUAUCCUAUUCGGUGCAUGAAAUGAUUUGUUCACCUGAUGGUCGACAGUUAGUCUAUUCAACAGAGCCAGCAUCAUCACAGAUGGAAAAUAUGGCAGAUAACGAACUGUACUCUUUGGAUUUAAGUAAACCAUCGCCAUUAAUUCCAGUUCGAUUGACGAAUAAUUCUGCAGUGGAAAGAAAUUUAAAAUGGUCAGCGGAUGGAUCGAUAUUUUUUACAGUGAUAUCCGAAGGAUCUGUUGAUGGUGAAUACGAAGAGAUGCAAGGACGGUUGUACAGUUUAAAUCCAAAUAACGGUCGAAUUCAACAUUGGGCAAGUCAAUUCACCGGAGAAAUAUCAAGUUAUGUUUUAUUACAAGGUGAACGACAGGGUGUUGCAUUUUUAGGUCAAUUGAGUACAGAGGUUCAGAUCUACCACCAACAAUCGAUUGACGCUGCAGUUAAUAAACUGAUGGGUUGGAAUGGAACUUAUGAAAAGAUUGUUACUUUUCCUGGAGAUAACAGUUCAGCGAUUGCAUUCAUUCAUUCAUCUUUUGAAAAACCUCAAGAAGUUUAUUUUGUUGAUCGAAUGGAUCAAUUAAAUGUCGCACGACAAAUAACUAAUGAAAAUCAAUUAUUCACUGAACGAAAUCUUCCCAAAGGAAAGCCGUAUCGAUGGACGAAUAAAGACGAUGGAACUGAAAUUGAAGGCAUCCUUUUAUAUCCACCAGACAAAUUUGAACAGAAAAACCUGCCAUUAUACGUUCUCAUUCACGGUGGUCCACAUGGUGCCGAUGUUAACACCUUCCAACCCGAUUGGUAUUUUUGCGCACCGAUGAUUGCGACAGAAGGAUGGCUCGUAUUUGAACCAAACUAUCGUGGCUCGACGGGAUAUGGCGAUGAAUUUCUGCAAGGCGUACGAUUUCAAAUCGUUUCUCGACCAGCGAGAGAUAUUCUCUUUGGUGUUGAUGCGUUAAUUCACGAUGGAAUUGCAGAUCCAAAACGAUUGACGGUUGGUGGAUACAGUUAUGGUGCUUAUUUGACAAAUUGGAUUAUCACGCAAACAACUCGAUUCAACGCGGCUGUGUCAGGCGCUGGUGCAUCGGAACAUGUGGCUGAUUGGGGGUUGACAGAUAUACCUUACACUAAUGUUUAUAUGUUCGGCGGUUAUCCAUGGCAAGUACCACAUUUGUAUCAAGCAGAAGCAGCAAUCCUUCGCAUGGAUAAAGUUCGUACACCGACACUGAUCAUUGUUCCUGCUAAUGACAUUCGUGUGGCUGCAUCCGAAAAUUACAUUUUAGAGCGAGGAUUGCAUAGCCGUAAUGUUCCAUCAAAAAUGAUUAUUUUGCCAGGUGAAACUCAUGGUAUUCCCAAUAAUCCAUGGCAUGGAAAAAUCAAACGCGGAGUUGCACGACGUGGAACUGCUUGGACAAAUGGAAUAGUUCCAUACGAAUUUGAUUCCGACAUUAUACCCUGGCUGCAAGAACUUGUCAUAUCUGUCAUGCAGAAAAUGGAACGUUUGACUGCUAUCGAGAAUGUUGCUUGUGUUCAAUUUCGACCGAAACUUCCUAACGACCAAUAUUAUAUUCAAAUUGUUCAAGAGUUGGAUUGUUUUCCAUAUGAAAGUGAACAAUACCGUCUUUUAUCUACCUGUAGUAUUAUUAUAGCAAAUCGACACAAUUUUGACAAAUAUAAUGACACAUUUGUGGAUACUUUGAAUACAUCAUAUGAUUAUUCAUCUAUAAUGCAUUAUGAAAGAGAUGCAUUUUCUUGGAAUCGUCUUCCAACCAUCGAACCACUACAAGCGAAUGUCACCAUUGGUCAACGUGAUAAUAUGAGUUCAACUGAUAUUCAUGAAGUUCAAUUAUUAUACAACUGUUCAGCUAUUGGUGUGACCCUACCUGAAAUAACUACUACGACACCACAGAGCCAAUAUUCAGUAAAUACAACUGUACUAUCAGCGUGGACAACAAACAGUCGAAAGUAUAUUCGGCGCAGUGCUUCGACAACACACACUUACUAUGAAGCAUAUCGAGUUACUGUGUCAAUCAACGGCUGCUAUAUAUUUACAAGUAGCAGUCAAGUUGAUACUUAUGGCUAUUUAUAUUCGGAUAGUUUUUCUCCUAUCGAUACCAGACAGAAUUUGAUUAUAGAAAAUGAUGAUGAUGGCGGAAAUGGCCAAUUCCAAUUUGAAACUACUCUUGAAACCAAUCGCACGUAUAUUCUGGUUGCUACAACAUAUCGAGAAAAUAUCACUGGAGAAUAUCGCCUCAUUAUUUCUGGUUUAACAAGUGUGAAUAUUAUUCUCAUUGACAAUGCAUCGACAACACUGGUUUCUAGUACCACAACUAAUGAAUAUACUAUAACAUCUUCAAAAAAUGUUUUAUCAUGUUAUGAUGAUGAAUUAACUACCGACCUUGUGAUAUAUAACCGAGAGAACAUCUUCGGCACCUAUUACUACAACGCAAUUCAAAUCAAUGUGCCCAUUAGUGAUAACUAUGUUCUCACAAGUUCUAGCGUAGUCGAUACUUACGGUUAUCUGUACAUGAAUUCUUUCAAUCCACAAGAUAUGUCUUCCAAUCUCCUUGCCAAAGAUGAUAACAAUGGUGGUAAUAAACAGUUCUCAAUAUCAUAUAAACUAUACUCCAGUAUCACUUAUAUUUUAAUUACUACGACGUACAUUUCUAAUGUGACAGGGAAUUUUCGCAUAGAAGUACGUGGUCCUGCCGAAGUUACCUUUAGUGCUCUCAAGCAAAGUUCUUCGACUACUCGACCCACAUCAUCUCCAAGUCCUAGUUGUGGUGAGUCUUCUUGUUAG